AUGGCUUCGCUCUUCUUCAACGUCCUUCCGCAGCGCCAGAGGAACGUUCGUUAUCAACGCAUCCAUCCUUCCUCUGUGUUCCAGCAGAACUAUCGCAUCUUCUACUCGAAGUAUAGAUUUCGCAGAGAAGAUGUUAAGAAGAUCGUGAGGAUGCUUGAACUGCUGCUGCCGGAUGCAGGGCUGGAGCCCUGGGAGAUCAGCAAAGAGGACCAGGCCCUUAUCACACUCCGCUACCUGGCCACCAACAGUCAUCAAACUAUUAUAGCUGACUGUUUCGGAGUGUGCCAGAAGGCUAACAUACCUUCCCCACCAUGCUUUCCCCUUCCUGACAUGGCUCCGUCAUAG